AUGGGAGACUGUCCAGUGACAGGGUCCUCGCCUAUCAAUACGAUACACGAACGUAAAAUAUCUCUCAGCUCUAACGCCAACUCGACUAUACCUACACCUGUUAGUAUGGGCCCGCUCUCGCCACACCUGUCCCCAUCUCCAAGUCGACGGCAUUCUACAGCCAGCUCGCAAGGCCAACCGAUACUUUCGCCAUCAGCAGCGCCUUCACAGGAUGGAGAGGAGGAGUACUCUCAAAAGCACAGGAGUUUCAAGCGUGCCGAAGAGCCACGGAGAAACCAGGACGGCAAAUUGAUAUGCGUGAAGCCCACGUGUAUAGGCGUCACAUUUGACCGCAAAUGCGAGUGGAGCAAACAUAUGGAUAAACAUGACCGACCCUACAUAUGUACUGCAAAGGGCUGCGAGAAGCUUCGCGGUUUUACGUACAGCGGCGGUCUCCUUCGACAUGAACGCGAAGUCCACAAGCUCCAUGGCGGAACCAAGGAGCCUCUCUUCUGCCCUUUUCCAGACUGCAAACGUAGCAGCGGCUCUGGAUUCACCCGAAAGGAGAACCAGCAAGAACAUAUCCGUCGCGUGCAUACGCGCUCCAGCACGCCCUCAGAAACUGGCAAUGAACGGCUUCCAAAGGCUGAUUCCCCUCAACAAACGACAACACAAAGCGAAACCGCGCCUCUGACUCACCUGAAACGCAAGCGGAUAGCGGAACGCGAAUAUAGCCACGAGGAAGGUCCUAUAAGUCUGCAUGAGGAGAACAAGCGUCUACGGAGACAGCUGCAAGAGAAGGAUGCCGUGAUCCAGCGACUCCAGGCGCGGUUAAAGGAGCUAACGCACGCACCAUGA